AGAAAGUCUGCCGCGACCUCCGAUUACAUUUUUUAAAAGGGGAGUGCGCAGUGGAAAGGAAGGGCAGGGAGAAGAUCAGUACUUUGCAACCAGCUCUUAUUUUCACUUGCGAUGUCUUCAAAGAGAAAGAGCCCCAGUUCAGCAGAAGAAAGAAGCAAGAAGCAAAGGAAAGCCAUUGAUCUUGAUUUGAAGAUGAAGAUCAUCAAAGCGUAUGAUGCUGGAAAGAAGGUGAAUAUUAUAGCGCAAGAAGAAGGGCUGGCCCAUUCCACCAUCUCCUCUAUUUUGAAGGAUAAGGAAAGGAUCAGAGAGGCAAUGAAAGGAUCACCAGGAAUGAAAGUAGUUAUAACAAGACAGCGAAAAGGGCUCAUCCACGAAAUGGAAAAACUCCUUAUACUUUGGAUCGAAGAUCAGAUGCAAAAGAGGAUGCCGGUUAGCCUUCUUCUCAUUCAGGCUAAGGCACGCAGCAUUUUUGAAACACUGAAGGGACGAGCAGGUGAGGGGUGCACCGAAACCUUCACUGCCAGCCGUGGCUGGUUUAUGCGGUUUCAGCGAAGAUUUAAUUACCACAGCACACGCAAAUCACGUAAAGCUGCAAGCACUGAUGAAGCUGCCAAACGUUUUUUGGAUGAAUUUGAUGAUAUUGUUGCAAAAGGGAACUAUUUGCCUGAACAGAUAUUCAGUGUGGACGAAACCUGGUUAUUCUGGAAAAAAAUGCCAGAGCGGACCUACAUACACAAAGAAGCCAAAGCAAUGCCUGGAUAUAAAGCAUUUAAGGACAGAGUAACCUUGCUGCUGGGCGGAAAUGUCUCCGGAUUCAAGUUGAAGCCAUUCCUGAUCCACAAAUUGGAGAACCACCGUGCAUUCAAAAACAUAUGCAAACACACACUGCCUGUUUAUUACCGAUCCAAUCAGAAGGCUUGGAUGACACAAGUCCUCUUUGAGGAUUGGUGUAUGAAUUGUUUCAUACCCCAAGUAAAGGAAUAUUGCUCACAAAACAGAAUUCCUUUUAACAUUCUCCUGCUCCUUGACAACAAACCUGGACAUCUGCAUCUCGACAAUCUCUACCCAGGUGUAAAGGUAGUUUAUCUACCCAAAAACACCAGCCCUCUCCUACAGCCUAUGGACCAGGGAGCUAUCACAAUAUUUAAGGCAUACUAUUUACGUGCAAUGUUUGCCAAAGCCAUAGCUGCAACAGAGGAUAAGAAAGUGACAUUGAGCGAGUUUUGGAAAGGCUACAAUAUCCUCCAUUGCAUCAAAAAUAUCGCAGCAGCAUGGCAGGAUGUCACUGUAAAAUGCAUGCAAGGGAUUUGGAAAAAGUGUUUAAAAUGUUUUGCUGUUCUUGUAAAUAAUUUUCAAGGAUUUGACCAUAACAAAGAUUUGGAUGAAAUAAAUAAGGAAAUUUUGACACUCGUGGAAUCCCUUGAUUUAGAGAUCGAUGCUGAAGAUGUGAAAAAUUUGAUAGCCUACACUGAGGGAGAGCUUUCAAAUGAAGAUUUAAUUGAACUGAAAGAUGAAUUGGAAGCACAAGGGGAUGAAGAAGAAGAGGAGGAGGAGGAGGAGGAAAAGGAGGAGGAGGAAGAGGAACCAGAAGAAGAACCAGAAGAAGAACCAGAGGAAGAGGAGGAGGAAAAUAUUGUAGAAGUUCAGCCGAAAAAGUUCAAUGUGAAAACAUUGGCUGGUGUUUUCUCAGACAUUAACAAAAGUUUAUCAAAAUUAGAAAGUAUGGAUCCAAAUGUUGAACGUUUUGGAAAGGUACAUCGGGAAAUGCAUGAAAUCUUAAAGUGUUAUCAUGAAAUAUAUGAAGAAAAAAAGAAAAAAAACAUGCAAACCAAACUUACUGGGGUUUUUAAGAAAGAUAAUCCUUCUUCAACUUUACUUCCUUCCCCAUCACCCUCCCCAUCCAUAGGAAUAGAAGACCCAGGCAAUCCUCAGCCAUCAGCCAACUGUGCCACCAUAUCCAACGUUUCCAAAAACACAGAAAAAGACUACAGUAAUCUUUUGAAGGACUUACAUUGAUGUUUACAAGUACCGUACUAUAACUGUAAAAUCUGAUUUUGUACUCAUUUUGUUAAAAAUGUUAAGUUCAUUGAAGGAUAAAAGAAAAUGAGUAUGGAAGACGGAAGAAAAAUUGUAAGUCUCAGUCACGUGAUUUUUCACUUAGUGAUCAUUUCAUAUCACUUAACAACUGAAGGAGAAGUAUAG